AUGUCCCAAGUCGAUCAGACACACUAUGACGUUUAUGUCGCGUUUGGUAGGAAGCAGUUCCUUUGCGACCCUGUUCAUUCACUGAUCAUCAUGAGCCAUCCAGGGGCGGAGCGAUGCAUUCGGCUACAUUGCGAGGGCUGGCCAGGAUACUGGAAGCCUGCAAUUGAAUCCAAUAAGCGGUUCCAGAGCUGGUGGAUCGAGAGUAAGGACCUUGUCGCCCAGAUCCCAGCUUCAGCAGGGCCUAUCGUCGAGCAAGAGGCUAGGGCCAUCCCAGCCCAGAGUUCUGGUCUUUGGGCUUCGUAUCUGCUUCUUAGACUUGAGAAGAAGGGGUUGAUUCCGGAGGGAAUAUAUGAGCACUGGAGGGACCAGCUUCAUAUUCCCGCCACCGAUGAGGAUGUAGGACAUAGUAGCUGUUUCUGA